CCUCCCUGCCCGCCUCCCCGCGAGGCCGGCGCCAUGGACCUGGAGCCAGAGCCGAAGGUCAAAGCGGCGGCACCGGCACCGGCACCGGCCCAGGCCGAGCCGCCCAAGGCCGGAGAAGCGGCGGAGGGUGAGGUCUGCCCGCCGGACAGCACGGCCGAGCAGCCGGGGCCCAGCGGCGCGGAGCCGGCGGCGGUGAAGGAAGAGGGAGAAGGGACGGAGGCCGAGGCCGGCGGCGGCGGUGGAGGACAGGCCCAGGCCCAGGCCCAGGCGGACAAGAAGCCGGCGGCGCCUCGGGAAGGUGGUGCCGAGGAAGAGGAGGACGAUGAGGAAGGAGACGCCGUCCAUCAGGCCAAAAAACUGCGGGUGGAGCCCGCCAGAGACAAAAAGGACAAGAAGCAGAAGGUGGACGAGGACGAAAUCCAGAAGAUGCAGAUCUUGGUUUCAUCCUUUUCAGAGGAGCAGUUAAACCGCUAUGAGAUGUAUCGUCGUUCUGCCUUUCCCAAAGCUGCCAUUAAAAGGCUAAUCCAGUCAAUCACAGGCUGCUCAGUAUCUCAAAAUGUCGUGAUUGCCAUGUCUGGUAUUUCCAAAGUGUUUGUGGGCGAAGUGAUGGAAGAAGCUCUGGAUGUCUGUGAAAAAUGGGGAGAAACUCCACCUUUGCAGCCAAAGCACAUGCGGGAGGCAGUGAGAAGACUUAAGUUACGUGGACAGAUUCCAAACACAAAGUACAAGAAGGUUACGUUUUAUUGACAAGAAUCCAGCAUUAGUGAAUAUUCAAAUCUAUACAUAUUAUGGCAAUGUACAUAGAAGAUUUUGACUGUUAUUGGGGCGGGGUGAAAAGCUUGUUUUCCUUCUAGAGCGGUCAAUCUUAAGUACUCUUACUUGAAAUGGAUUUCAAAUUAUUUUGCUCAACCAUGUUUUCAAAUUUGAAUAGGAACCAGAACAAAGUUGUGGUAAGCAAUUUUCUGGAGUCUAUUAAUGUCCAGCAGGCUGUUGGCUUUAGUAUAUUGAAUCACAUUCCCAUGCAGCAGACACUUAAGCUCUCACCUAUGCCCAAUUGCCAGUGUCUACUUCAUUAUGAUACUCUAACAUUACGCACAGCCAAGGGGCAAGAGAGACCCUAAAAUCAGCUGUUUAAUUUCUCUAUGUAGAUAGCUGAAAAUUUGUAAGUUUGAAAAGUACAAAUUGGAUAGGAUUGUACAAAAAAAAUUAAACUGCCAAGAUUGUAAAUACAAAGUGUUUUGGAUAAAAUCAGUUGAGUUACAUAUUUAUGUACUGAAGUAACAAACAAAUAAGUUGUUUGGUUUGGUGUUUAUUUCUCCUAUAAGUCAUGUAUAGUAUUUCAUUGUUUGAUGUUUUGUACAGAAGAAACAAGAUAAAUCAUCUUGAUAAUAAAGCUCAUACUUAAU